AGAAACUAAAAUAAGGAAAAAAAACUCUGUAGAGAACGAUACCGGGGUCGAAGUAAAUAUCGGGCACAAUGUAGACAAUGUAAAUAAAUACAAAGAGAGAGACUCCCUGGAUGAAUUUGAAAAUUAUGAAUCAUUUCAAAUUUUGAAAUCGCAAUCGGCAAAAAUCCUUCGUCGUAAAUGUAUUUCUUCUUUAGAAACAUUAAAGAACAAGAUCUUCGAGUGUCAUGAAAGAGUUACGCUGAAAGAAACGUUAGAUACAUUAAAUGAUAUGGUGAAAAGAGUCAAUAAAACUCUUCUUAAAGAUCCGAGUCAAAGUAUCCCAUUGACCUCAUGCAAGUCGCAGGCCCUUAUCCAAAACAGGACAGGAACAAAGGACAAAAUUCUACCAUUAAAAAGAAACAACUCUCGCAAGCGCAAACAAGAACACUGGAGGUCUCGAGGUCGCUGUGGUCAAGCAGCUAGUGCAUUUCGCGAGUCAAAAAAGUUCAAGCUGUCCAGUGAAGAUAAAGAAAAAGAAGUCGAAGUAAGCAUCGUGACGGGAGAUCUGGUCAAGUCAGAAAAUGUAGCAAAUUCAACGCCAGUACCCGAAGAAUUUUAUGAAAGUGCGCCUGCAAGCCGUCCUGGACAAAAUGUUGCAAAGCCUACCUGCAGUGCAGACCGGUCAGCGAUACCAUUAUGGGGAGGAUCUAUUGCAACAGGGAACAGAGUUGUCAAGCUCUCCAAUACUUGCCCAGUUGAUAAUUGGCUUAUGCUACUAGCAGUCGCAAAUCUCGCACAUUCAAACGCAUAUCGUGCAGCUUGGAGCAUGGCAUACAAUGAUGAAAUAGCUAAAGUCUUUAGAUUCGUGCCGCUGUGCCAGUAUCUUGAAGCUAAGUUGCACAUUGCCAAAAUGAAUGGAUUAGAACCAGUCAACAACACAAUAAACAUGUAUGGUAAUGAACAGGAGUUGUUUAUUCGUUAUCUCUCAUUCGCCUUUGAGCAUUCGAUUAGAUCCACUUGCUCUAGUCCAGCAUGCCCCCAAGGUGUAUUGAAUAAAACAUUCAAGCUUUUCCCUCGUUUGCCUGGAUCAACGCAGUAUUUAGCAGAUGAUGUUACAUCUUUUGUCAAUGAAUGGCUUUUGAACGGUUCCUUGUCACGCUGUGGACGAAAAAUGCAAGGAGAGUCAUUUCCAAUCGACCUCACAUUUCCUAGUGAGCAGCUCAACACAGAAACCGGAAAAAAUGAAAUAAAAUUUUACUGCAAUGGUCAAAGGUCAUUUGAAGCAAAGAAAUUCAUCAAGUGUGAAAUUCCCCCCUUGUUAUCGACAAAGCUUUCUUUCGAGAAGAAAUUGGAACAUUUCGAUAAAUACGUUCAUGUAACCGCAGCGCUCUUAGGCGUAGAAGAUUUGUUUCACGAACAAAAAGCGGCACUCAAGAGUUUUUUCAGUGGCAAAGAUCUUUACUACAGUUUACCCACAGGAUCAGGAAAAUCUUUGAUUUUUCAAAGUAUUGCGCCACUAAUUGAUAUGUUCAAAGGUCAAGCUUUAGGAACCAGUACUGUUUUGGUUGUAACGCCAAUAAAAAAUGAACUAAUGCUUGAUCAAGUUGCAAAGAUGAAGAAUACAGCAGUAACAGCAGCUGCUAUAUUCGAUGGACAGACAAAAGAAAUUCUGCAAGAGAUAGAAAACGGCGAAUUUUCACUUGUUUAUGCUUCACCUGAGAUAUUUCUGGAAUCUGAUCACUGGAGAAUUUGGCAGAAUUUAGGAAGAAAGUUGGCAGAAUUUAGGUCACUUUUGCUAAAUCCAAGAUGUGCAGUAUUUACAGCCACAGCUUCAAAGGCAACAAAAAUGAAAAUUUUUGAGUUGCUCCAAAUGAACAUCUUAAAAACAAACAUAAUUGAAAAAGAUCCUAUUAAAAACAAUAUUCGGUUUUUUGUCAAAUAUAUUGAUAAUGAUACGCCCUUGGAUGUCAUUUUUUCAAAAAUAAUAAAUGAUGUAAAAGUUUAUGCUCAAACUUCAGAGGGAACACUAGUAUUUUGCAGAACUCGCAAGCAAUGCAGCAUGAUCUAUCAAGUUUUUGGUAAUGUCCUUGGGAACAACAUCUACAAAAAUGGAGAAAUAUCACCAAGGAUGCGCCUGGUAGAGAUGUUCCAUGCUGGAACUCCAGAAAAUGUAAAACACCACAUUUUAGAACAGCUCACUAAUACCAAUGGUCAUAUUAGAGUUUUAAUAUGUACAAUUGCAUUUGGUAUGGGAGUUGAUUGCCAGUACAUUACCAAAAUAGUACAUUAUGGAGGGUCAAAUAGUUGCGAAACUUAUAUACAAGAAUGUGGUCGUGCAGGUAGAAGAGGGGAGCCCAGCCUUGCAAUACUACUCUUCAAUGGUUGUUUGUUGAAGCACAGUGACCAAGAAUUGAAAAAUUAUACCAUGUCAAAUGAAUGCAGAAGAAAAACAUUAAGUUGCAAUUUUGACAGGGAUAGCCCUUCCAUUACUGAAAACACUGGAUGCAUUUGCUGUGAUAUAUGUGCACAAGAGUGUGAUUGCCAACAAGAAAAUUGCAGUAAAAACUAUUUACUUUUUAUAAAAAGUAAAGAUACAAAUCCACAAAAUAAAGUUCGAAUCACAAACAGAAAUUUAAUCUCACAACUUCAAAGUGCUCUAGAAAGAUAUUAA